AUGGUACGAGGGCUAUCCUUACCAUGGUCAUUUGGUUACAUGCCUGAAACUUCACAAGGAGGUAAGGAGAUGCAUGAUUAUGACCUUGUACUCAGUUUUGCUUUGAAAGAGCCCUGUGUUCAUCUUUCUUUCUUCUUCUUUUUCUUCCUCUUGAACUGUAUUCGUUACUUGGCUUUAGUUGCAGAAAACCGGAAAUACAAUCUCCUCCGGAAAGAAGUUCGUAUUUUAUCUGAUUUUCAGUCCAGUGUUCAGCAAUGCGUGGCAAGCAGAAGUCUUGGACUGACUUCACACAUUCUUGACCACUGUAAACUGAUCCUUAAAUUUCCAGAAGGCACAAACAGCACCUGGUACAAUGAGCAAUUUAAAAUAUAUGAACCCUUGGAGUACCAUUCUGAUGUUUGUGAAACAAUUCUACUGUGGGAACAGUACCGUAACAUGACUACAGUUUUGACAAGAGAAUAUCUAGAUGACCGACCUAAUGGAUGGCUAGCGUAUGCAGCAAAAAGAAUUGCUCAGUUGGGAGCAGAUAAAUGUUACAACCACUCUCUUUGUGAGGAGCAUCUCAAUUUGAUUUUACCAGUGAAGCCCCCGUUUCAUCCUCGCCAAUUUUGGACAUGUGCAGUUGUUGGGAACUCAGGAGAUCUCUUGAAGACAGAAUUUAGAGAGGAGAUUGAUAGGCAUGAUGCAGUUAUUCGAGACAAUGAAGCUCCUGUUAAUGAGAAAUAUGCAAAGUAUGUUGGUCUAAAAAGGGACUUCCGCCUUGUAGUUAGGGGUGCUGCUCGUAAUAUGGUCGCUAUUCUUAAUGGAUCUGCUGAUGAAGUACUUAUUAUUAAAAGUGUGACACAUAGAGACUUCAAUGCAAUGAUAAAGAAUAUUCCAAAUCCAGUUUAUCUUUUCCAGGGUAUUGUGCUACGAAGAGGUGCUAAAGGCACCGAAAUGAAAUCUAUUGAACUCACACUUUCUAUGUGCGACAUUGUUGACAUAUAUGGUUUCACAGUUGAUCCUGGCUACACAGAAUGGUCAGUUAAACCUCAUAAAUCUUCCUUUUAUCUGCAUUUUAGCUUGGUUCUUAUUCAGAUGAGUCUAUGCUUCUCUGCUAUUACCUACUGUGAAAAGGGAAAUCUACCACAGGCCAUGUUUUUCUUCCUAUGAAUGCUAAUUUUCUUUUUCGCACUGUUGGGUGUGGAGAUUC